CAGCGCUGGAACACCGGCGGCUCAGGUGAGGAGCCGCAAGCGCAGUGCGCGUUUGCAGGCGCUCAGGCGGCGGUGGAGCUGGGCGAUCCGGGUGAGGAGGGCGAACCCCGCUGGCAUCUGCGCUUGGGAGUCACCCAGAGAGAGCGGCUGUGCCCAAAGCGGAGACGUUCUGGAUCCUGCCCGUAAGACCGCCUGUCUCUCCUGGCGUUUGGCGUAAAGGGAUGCGAGGUGCAUGGUGACAGCAUCGCAGCAAUGAGUGGAAUUUUAAAGAGGAAGUUUGAAGAAGUUGGUGGAACCUCACCCUGCUCAUGUGUGUGGGAAUCAGAUGAUGAUGUUUCUAGCAGUGAAAGUGCUGACAGUGGAAGUAAUGUCCAUCCAUCUGCUUCUAAUCAUUUUACACGUACAUGUGACAGCAUUGCAGCAAUGAGUGGAAUUUUAAAGAGGAAGUUUGAAGAAGUAGAUGGCUCCUCACCUUGUUCCUCUGUGAGGGAAUCGGAUGAUGACAUUUCCAGCAGUGAAAGUGCUGACAGUGGUGAUAGUGUCAAUCCGUCCACUUCUAAUCAUUUUACCCCGUCUUCAAUCCUGAAGAGAGAGAAGCGGAAGAGAACAAAGAAUGUCCACUUUAACUGUGUUACUGUCUAUUACUUCACGAGAAGGCAAGGCUUCACCAGUGUUCCCAGCCAAGGAGGAAGCACACUGGGAAUGUCCACUCGCCACAACAGUGUACGCCAGUACACCCUGGGGGAGUUUGCCAUGGAACAGGAGAGGCUCCACCGAGAGAUGUUGAGAGAGCAUCUAAGGGAGGAAAAACUCAAUUCUCUGAAGUUAAAGAUGACAAAGAACGGAACGGUGGAAUCUGAGGAAGCCAAUACACUGACUCUGGAUGACAUUUCUGAUGAUGAUAUUGAUCUAGACAACACUGAAGUAGAUGAGUACUUCUUUCUCCAACCCCUGCCUACAAAAAAGCGGCGGGCAUUGCUGCGAGCUUCUGGAGUGAAGAAGAUCGACGUGGAAGAAAAGCACGAGCUGCGAGCCAUCCGCCUGUCCAGAGAGGAUUGUGGCUGUGACUGCCGUGUCUUCUGUGACCCAGAAACUUGCACCUGCAGUCUUGCAGGCAUAAAAUGUCAGGUGGAUCGUAUGUCUUUUCCAUGUGGUUGCACUAAAGAAGGGUGUAGCAAUACAGCAGGUAGAAUCGAAUUUAACCCUAUCCGUGUACGGACUCACUUUUUGCACACAAUAAUGAAACUUGAAUUGGAGAAAAAUAGAGAGCAGCAAGUUCCAGCACUCAAUGGCUGUCACACUGAGAUAAGUGCACACAGUAGUUCCAUGAGUCCAGGACCCCAUCCAGUUGAAUAUUCGAUUGCAGAAAAUUUUGAGAUUGAAACCGAACCCCCGGCUACAGUUAUGCAUUCCCAGUCAGCCGAGGACUUGGACUGCCCAGGGGAAGAGGAGGAAGAGGAAGAUGGGAGUAGCUUUUGUAGUGGAGUUACAGAUUCUAGUACACAGAGUUUAGCCCCUAGUGAAUCAGAUGAUGACGAAGAGGAAGAGGAAGAUGAGGAGGAAGAUGAGGAGGAAGAAAAAGCAGAUGAUUUUGUAGAAAGUAUGAGCUCCCAUGCUGAUAUGGUGCCUCUUCCUUCUGUCCUUUGCUACUCUGAUGGAACUGCUGUGCAUGAAAACCACUCUAAAAAUGCCUCAUACUAUACUAACUCUUCAACUCUGUAUUACCAAAUAGAGAACCACGUUGCUGGCACUGCUAACCAGAUCGGUGAGACUUACUCAGAAAGGGAUGCUGUCAAGAAUGGUAGUCUUUCUCUGGUGCCUUACAACAUGACUUCAGAACAGUUUGUUGACUACACACGGCCAUCAGAGGAAACUUUUAGCAGCCCUCAUUACCCUUCUGCAAACCCCUCAGUGAUUGUUUGCUGCUCAUCUUCUGAAGGGGAUGGCAGUGCUCCUUGUAACAGCUUAUACACUGAGCAUAGGCCGAGUCACCCACCAGUGGAAUUUCACUCAUACUUGAAAGGUCCUUCUCAAGAUGGCUUUGUCUCAGCUUUGAAUGGUGACAGUCAUGUGCAGGAACACCCUGCUGAGAAUUCACUAAACCUCCCGGAGAAGAGCAGACUGCACGAAGAGUGCAUCAAAUCACCAGUGGUAGAGACGGUGCCUGUUUAAAAUUAAAUUAUUCUAGGACUGACUUCCUGUGUUAAAAUUCACUCCCAUUGGAUUUUCCUAGAACCUUACUUUUUUAAGAGGUAGACAAUACUUGGACUAUAGUCAAUGUUCCAGACACAUUUUGUUUUCUCAAGCUACACUGGCAGUGGUAUUGCACAAAACCAGUUCAUGUAAAGAUUUAAAUAAAAAUAAUCAAACCCUUUUUUUGAUAAAAAUAAAACAGAUAAGUAAAAAUCACACCCAACAUAUUUCAAAGUAGCCUACCAAUGAACAUAUGUGAAACCUGCCAAGCUGUCUGAAUCAAAACUUCAUGUCGGGCCUGUGCAAGAUUGUUAAAAAUGAUACUUUGAAAUAAUCAUGUUUAGAGUCCUAAUUUUCAACAUAUCUGAAAAGAUGGUAAGUUUAAUGUAAAAAUAACUACUGUACAAAAAAAAGUUUUAAUUGUUCUGUACUGUUUGUAUUUUAUUUAUGGUAGUUUAAGAUUCAUGUUUUGAUAAAAAUGAACAGCAUGUUCAUUUGAGCAGAAGAUCCAUAGUUACUUACGAAGAGCAUGUCCACUUUUCAUCUGGAGUACCUUGUAUUCUUCCUUAUUUUUUCCUAAUACUAUUUCUGAUAAAUCAUCUUGAAACACAUUUUUAGAGUGUACUAUUUUUCUCUUUUACUGUUCUUGACAAACAGAAGAGUCACCAAGGGGGCAUUUACAUCUUCUAGAAUAAAGAAAGGUAGACAAUCCUCCAUUUAAAACUAAAAUCAGUGGCAUUCCAGAACUAGUACCCCCUCCCCAAAGAAGAAUGAUCUUGUAUAUAAUGGCAAAGCAGUAGCUUAAGCUCACGCAGCACCUUCAGCCCAGCCACCGUUCAGAUCCUUACGCACUUUAGUGCCACUUUGCAGUACUGUACGAACUGCGGGAACUGUGAACCUCUUCUGAGAAAUGCCAUAGCUCCAGACCCUGAGGCAGUGGAACAUCUUAAAUUUCACUGUAACAAAACCUGUACAUUUCUCCCAAGCCAGUUUAUGAAUAUGUCAGUAUGCAAUUUAUAAAAGCAGAGCCUUACUGAUCAAAGUUUAAAUAAAGCAUGGGGAAAAAUGUGGAAGUGUCUAGAUUGCCUAAAUUUUUAUCAUAUACAAGACUGGCUUUUGUGGACUUCUGAUUGUAUCUCAAAUUUAGUUCCAUUUGGUCUUAUUAGGAAACAGUCCAUUCAGUGAGGAAAAAUAGCUUCAGAAAUUUUCUAUCUGCAAAAGCCUGCAAGCAAAAGAACAUGUGCAUCAUAUGGAUAUCCAUUAAAUUGUGAUCCACUUGUUUUUAAAUGAAAUGGGAAUGAAACUAUCUUUAAUUUAUUAAACAAUCUUGCUUUUGUUUAAGAAAGGAGGCAUAGGAAUCAGCUUUUCUCUGCACUGGUAAUUCUGCACUGCCUUAUUUUGAUUUCAAAAUCUAUUUCAGCAUUUUUGUUCUUCUAAAACUGAGAUUUCAUUUAUUAUACAUCAAGCAGUUGAAAUGUAGACCUGUCUUGUUUGUCAAAAUGCGGAUCAGCAUCUUUUAGUUUUUAUCUGUGUCAAAUCUAGAUGGUUAACAGUGUGCAUGUAAACACAGUGUAAAUUUUAUCUCUGUAACAGUGAUUCUUCUGGUUAGAAGCUCUUGAAAACAUCAUGUACAGUACUCCAGUAGAAGAACUGCCAAUGUAAAAUACGCUUUUCAAAAAAAAGAGCUAACUUAAUUGUUUUUAUAUGAAAUCUGGGCAAAGCGAUUCCUCGUAUUUAUGCUAAAUUAGCAAAAUAUUUUUACUCCAUGUAGUAGCUGGAAAGGUUUUUUAUUUACUUGUUUCCACAAGAAGUCCUACAUGUUUUAUAUGAACUGCAUUGAAAAGUCUAGUUCUCUAGAGACUGGAUUCCAAACUUGCAAUGUAUUCCAUCUCCUGGGAAAGCGCACUCAUGUUGCUUAUCUGGCUCAGCAGUUCCACAGCCUCUGUUCCUCGCAGUCACAGACCACUCUAGUCUCUUUCUCUAAGGCUGAGUAGCCAGAUGAUCUUGCAUACUAAAAUUAUGGAGGUCUCCACAGUUAAGCAAGAUAUUUAUUUGGACUGCUGCUUUUAAACUGUUUGAAGAAGCAAAGGGAAAGAAAGUUCAUCUUAAAAUCUGUAUAUGGAAAUAAUUUUAAGCUUCAUAAACUACACGUUCCUUAAUUUCCUUUUUUUAAACAAGUUGUAACAUCAAAGAUGCCAAAGGGUAAUAUAAGCUACAAUAAUAUUCAACAGAACUUAACCUAGAUCUUAUGUUGUAAUAAUUUAUUCAAAUUAACUGUAUUCUUCUGUAUUUAUAUUUUCCGUAUUUAUUAUGAAUGAUAUGAAAUUUGAUGUAUUUAUUGUGGCUUAUUACUGCAGUGUAUAUAUUACAAAAAUGAGCAUUUUUAAGUCUUAAUAUUAGUUUUUUUGUUAAUUAGUGGCACUUGUAUCAGCUGUAUUUUUAUUAUAUAUUGUACAGUAUAUAUUGUCCAUUUGUUUGCAAUGAAGUAAACCAGGUUUCUACGUUACAUCCUGGCUGCCAGUGCAUUGUGCGUCUCAUUUCUGCUCUGCAGUCACUGAGAGCCUCUCUCAGCUAAGAGAGCUGGCAUUAGUACUGCACCUCCUCCCUGACACCUGCAGAGCCUCCAAAGGCACUCUGUGAAAUUUCAAGCAUUUCUCCCAUUCCUGAUAGUCUGAUAGAAUAAGGAGAAGCAGUUUGUGUGGAAUUUCUGUGUGUUUGUUCUUUUGUUUCUAAGUAUUUGUAUGCCAAUUAAAUUAAAUAAACAGAAAUGCCUUCUUAGGUA